AUGCCACCCAGGACUUUCAUCGUCACCGGUGCCUCGAGAGGCAUCGGUCUCGCAAGCUCCAAAUAUCUCCUCACAGCGCCUCAGUCCCAUAACGUGGUGGUAAUUGCCCGCAGCGUCGAGCUCCUUCAAAAACUCAAAGACCAGUAUGCCAAGCAAGUUGAGGCCGUCGAUCUGGCAUUGAAAUCCUUUGGGCAUCUUGGUGGAUUGGUUCUCAAUCACGGCGGACUAGGCCAAGUGGGAAAUAUUGCUGAGGCGGACCCGGAACAGUGGAAGAAGAGAUUGGAUCUUAAUUUUAUUAGCUUGGUGGCUUUUGUCAAAGCCGCACUUCCUCCCCUUCGUGAAUCCAAAGGCAGGAUCGUCUUCACUUCACCCGGGGCAUCUGUCUCGGCAUUCAGGGGCUGGGGUCUAUACGACGCCAGCAAAGCAGCCAUGAACCAUCUUGCCCUAACUCUUGCGGCAGAAGAGCCCGACGUGACGUCCGUGGCAAUCGAUCCGGGCUUAGUUGAUACCGAAAUGCAGCGAGAGAUACGCGAAGAUCUUGUUACCACUAUGGACCCUCAAUUUCAUUUGCUGUUCACGACGGUGCAUAAGGAUGGGCAAUUGCUCAAACCUGAACAACCUGGUCAUGUCAUUGCUAGAGCGGUGAUUGAUGCGCCGAAGUCAUUGACAGGGAAAUUCUUACCAUGGAACGAUCAAGCUCUAGAAGCUUUCUAA